ACGAAUGAGAAGAUUACGUGGCGGUAUAAGAGUUCUUAUGUUUUCCCCAAAGCGCUGCAACAUCGCCUACGACGAUUCCGAGGUCUGCUUCUUGAAAUGGUUGGUCGAGAUUACACUAUGAACGAGCCCCAGCUGGCAAACGGCAAGCCAUUGCCAAGUGACAGUUCUUCUGAAUCUUCGACAGAGCCGCGAGCGUCAUGGGACCGGCCGUUGGAGUUCAUACUCGCGUGUCUCGGAUACGCUGUCGGCCUCGGAAACGUCUGGAGAUUCCCGUUUUUAUGUUAUAGAAAUGGAGGAGGUGCAUUUCUCAUUCCUUUUUUCAUCAUGCUGAUUUUCAUUGGUCUUCCAAUCUUCUUCCUGGAGCUUUACGUUGGACAAUACUCAGGCAUUGGACCGAUUCAAGCAUUCGCUGCUAUUUCUCCCUUCUAUAGUGGACUAGGUCACUGCACCUUAGUAGUAAUUUCUAUUGUAUCAAUCUACUACAUGAUUAUCGUAUCAUGGACUUUGUUUUAUACCAUCGUGUCAAUCGUUGGAAGGUUGGAUUGGGGAUCGUGCGAUAAUGCAUACAAUUCCUUAGCAUGCUACAGUGGAGCAUAUGAUAAGGCAUGCAAAAUUCAAGGCAAUAACACGGGAUUAGCGACAGAUCUCACCUACUUUGAACGCGAUUGUAUUUCCAUUGGUGAUAUAUGCGUGCGAACUGGAUACGAGCCGUACGAUGGCUCUUCGUGUCUAAACGGAACUGAGAUCAUACCUUGGUACUCGAAUGUUACAAGGGUUUUGGCUGCAGAAGAGUAUUACAACGAACGCGUACUGGGCAUAAACGGCGCGACCUGGGAAAAUUGGGGCACAAUACAGUGGCAUCUUGUCGGCUGCCUCGCGUUGUCCUGGUUCGUGUCUUUCCUUGUCGUCAUCAAAGGCGUACAGUCGGCGGGAAAAGUUGUGUACUUUACGGCACUCUUCCCCUAUGUGAUGCUAACAGCACUUUUUGUCAGAGGUGUAACCUUAGAAGGAGCUGUAGAUGGCAUCUUGUUUUUCAUAACGCCGAAGUGGGAAACGCUUUUGGAUGCCAAAGUUUGGGGAGAUGCUGCGUCACAGAUUUUCUACUCAUUUGGGCUCGGCUGCGGCUCUCUAGUUACGCUGGCGUCUUACAACAAAUUCCACAAUAACUGCCACUUUGACGCCCUGUUCGUCAGCAUGGCCAACUUCCUCACAUCGAUUUACGCCAGUUUUGCCGUCUUCUCGGUUCUCGGCUUCCAAGCACUGUCCAUGGGGGUCACCGUUGAUGACGUUGCAUCAGACGGCCCUGGUCUGGCUUUCAUUGCUUACCCCGAAGCCUUACUUCAGAUGCCGGUGUCCCAGCUCUGGUCGAUCCUGUUCUUCCUGAUGCUGUUCAUCCUGGGUCUUGGAAGCCAGUUCGCUGGCAUCGAGGCCAUCAACACAGCCAUAGUUGACCAGUGGCCAUCUUUGAGGAAAAACUACUGGAGGGUGACAGCAUUCACUUGUUUCAUGUGUUUCCUCAUGGGGUUGCCCAUGUGCUUCAGCGGAGGCGUCUACAUGCUUACCCUGCUCGAUUGGAACACCGCUUCUUGGGCCAUCUUACUUAUAGGAAUGGCACAGUGCAUGUCUGUCUCGUGGAGUUACGGGAUCAACCGAGCGAUGGAUGAUCUAGGAACGAUGGGUAUGAAGAUGAACAAAUUACAACGGUACUUCUGGAAAGCAGUCUGGACUAUCAUUUGUCCAAUCGGAAGCUUCGGCAUUUUAGUGUUCAUCCUGUCGGAUUGGACUCCGCCUCGGUACGAGAACUAUGUGUUCCCGUUCUUCGCUGACUUUCUCGGCUGGCUCGUGGGCUGCUCCACGCUCAUGUUCUUCCCGGUCGGGGUUGGCUGGGCUCUCUACAAAGGCUAUCGUGGGAUGGAGCUGUUCACCCCCACCCCUACCUGGAAGCCAGCUGUCAGAACCGCAGCCCCCGCCGACUCGACGGACACGCUCAACGAGAGUGGCAUCGACAAUGCUGCCUUCAGUUCCUAGGCUCCUGGAUUUGACAGAAUACUAGCUCAAUGUUAUCGACGCGCGUACACAAUUGCAUUUCAUGUCUAUAAAUGUAAUUGUUGGUUAAUGUAAAGAUCUUGUAUAGGCUAAAAAUGAAUUGAUCAUUAUUUUUGUCUACAUAAGGAAAAGGAAAGAGAAAGAUAGACAGAAGAAAAUAAAGAAGAUUUGAUAAGU